GUGAUCAUCAACCCAUCGAAGUGGACGCAAUUUAAAUUGAGAUCGUUCUCUCGUUACUUUUUCUUAUAUUAUUCAUUCACCAUAAAUAGUAUUGAAAUUUAUUAAAAGAACACAUUCCAAGAAAAAAAACAAUUUGUGAACAAUUUUCAGUUAAAAAAUUGUGAAUUUUUAUCAAUGAUUUAUGAGAAUAUGCGUGUAGUGAAUUAAUUAUGCGUGCUUUACAUUAAAUUCACACAGAGUAUUAAUUACUUAAAAUAAAUCCAUGUCUAAUUAAGAAGGACACAGUGUUGUAGGAUGAGCUCAUCGAUCUGGAAUUAAAAUUUAUUUUUAUUUUGGAGUGUUCUCAUAAAAAUAAAUAACUUUAUUGGUGAUUUAAAAUAAACAAUUAAAAGGAAAAAAAAGUGUUUGUUCUAAAAGAAAAUUGAAGAAAUUGUUGAAGGUGUGUGUGUGUGAUUCACCUGAAUACCAAUCAACAAAAAACGUGCUGUUUAUUGAGAUGCAAUAGGAAAAAAAAUUACUAUUUGGAUCUUUGUUCUUAAAAUAAAAUUAUAAGAAGAAAAAUGCCAAAAUAAGAUCCGUGCCACACUUUCCAAGUUCACAGAUUCUUCCAAAGCUCCGCACUUUUCAAUUUGUGUACAUUGCAUUGGUUGUAUACAAAGUCUUGAGAAUUUUAUACAUUUGCAACUAUAUUGAGAAGUUCUCUGUGAUCCUCAGUGGGUUAAUGACACCUGAGAAAAUGAGAAAAUUUGUUUGGAAGAAUUUUAUAGAAUAAAUGAAAUUUCCAUUUAAUUCUUUACGACUUUUCAAGAGAGAAUUUAUAGAUUAUUCUAACUAUUUAAAAUAAAACAUAAUGAAUUUUCCAUAUAUUGUGCAUAACGUCCUUUAAUGAAACCUAUGAUUUUUUUUUAUUACUUUAAAUUUUUUUAAUUCCUAAAAUUGAAUGAAAUUCUCAAAACUUUAAGAGAAGCAGAUGCAACAACUUAGCAGAAUUUUAAACGAAUAAAAACUCACGCAGAUUUUAUUAUAGGAGUGCAGCAUGAUUAAUUCACUCCAUCAUCGCGCCGCGAAUUUUAUGAUUUAUGCACAAAGUUUAUACACCGCAAAAUGCAAAAAGAUUCAUUUGAAUAAAUAUCUUGUGCCGGAAUAAGGGCGCAACGACUGAUCAUGCUAACUUCUUUUUUUCCCAAUCAAUAUUACACUAUCAAUUAGCAAAGAAAGUUUAACCAGCAACGGGGAUUGUAUUUCCUGCUAUCAUGCAUGGAGGCUGAUAAACAUUUCUAGAGCAUAACAAAGCUAAAUGAAAGAAAAAAAAACUUCCAUUUUACACGCUUUAUCUCAAUUGUUUUUCAUCAUAUACUUAUGUUUCCAUAUAGCCACGAUCACCUACAAUUUUUUUUACAUGUUGUGCACAGAAAUUAGCCACAAGACCACAAGAUCAAUAUUAUUCGAAGCACACAUUAAUGAGGCACGGGGGUUAAUUAUAGUACACUACAGUAAGCAUAUCAACACGAUUUUUUUUCGUCUUGUUCACUGUAUUUGUACCAACGAAUCUCGUGUUUGAGAUAUAAACAAUAAUAUUGCAGUAAAAGAAUUUUUUAUUCACAUUUCCCCAUGUUUUAUGUUCAAUUUCCGUACAAUUUAUCGCCUUUUCACUGAUACUUGAUGCUGGGAGAGAUUAUUUCUUUUAAGUAUUCCGUGUUUAUUUUCUUUCAAUUUUAUCAAUAAAUUAUUUAAGAGUUUUUUGGGAUCAUUUUGGCAAUUUUUUUCUAACUAUAAAAUGAAGAAGAUUAAAAAAUUUUGCAAUUGCAUUGAUGGAGAAUUUUUAAAGAUUUAUGCUAUUUAUGGACAAAGGAUGCAAAUAACAGAUUAAAUGUAAAAAGAUACCUUUAGCUUAAUCCGCGUAAAAGAAAUAAAUAAUUAAAUAAAUACAUUUUGUGUAAAAAAAAAGAUAAAAAAUGGAUUCAGUGAGAUUUUCAAUCAUUGAAAAUGAUUUAAAGUGGAAUCAAAAGAAUCAGGACACCAUCGAUGCGGAGGAGGAGGACAAUAAGAGCAUCUCAAGUGAGAGUAGCGUUGAAGGUGGAACAGUUGAUCUGUCCAGCAUACCAAAUCGGCAGCAUCACACCCCAUGUGAACAGGAGAUCUGGCAAUCGUGUGAAAUUGACAAUUCCCUCAAGAAUUUGCCAAACUCGGAAAAAAUCUACGAAUUAAUUGAUUGCGGCGAUUUAGAUGGUUUAGCCCACAUUCAGCGUGAUGUUAAUACUGCUUUGUUGCUGGCUGUGUGGCAUCAACGCCCGAGUUGUGUGGUGUCCCUGCUGAAUGAGUUUAAUGCUGACCCAAAUGCCACUGACCUCAAAGGACGUACUCCACUUCAUUUAUCCUGCUCCCGAGGAGAUUUCUUCACGACAAAAGUCCUGUUGCGGCAUGGCGCGAAGGCACAUCAUUGGGAUGAAAGUAUGAAAGCUACACCACUUCAUUGUGCUGCAAGCGCUGGUAGUGCUGAAUGUAUUCAACUUCUACUGCGCAACGGUGCUCAAUUGAAUGCAGGAAUUGAGAGAAGAUCAGCUUUGCACUAUGCUGUUGAGAGGAAUCAUGUGCACUGUGUUCAAAUGCUACUGCAAUAUGGCGCCAAUCCCAAUACCCCGCAAGUUUACACGGAAACCCCAUUGCAUGUAGCUGCCAGCUUAGGGUACGACAAGUGUAUGAAACUCCUUUUGGAUCAUGGUGCUGAUGUUAGAUCGCAGUUUGGGAAGAGACGUCUCACAGCACUGCAUCUUGUAGCUGAAGAUGAUUACACUGAAUGCGUGCGAUUGCUGCUGGAUGCUGGGGCAAAGAUUGACGUGAGAAAUCACCUGGAUCAGACACCGCUGAUUCUUGCUUGUCUGAGUCAGGCUACAGCAACAUUGGAGCUCCUUCUGAAGCGUGGUGCUGAUGUUCAUACAGUUUAUAAGGACGGCAGGACAGCCCUUCAUGCGGCAAUUGUAAAAGACAACAAAUCAUGGGAUUGCGCCAAGAUGCUUCUUCGUGCGGGUGUUGAUGUUAAUCGCCCCGACAACUAUGGCUACACACCACUUCACAUAGCCGCUCUCAAUGAAUUCAGUUCUUGCGUUAACAUGCUCAUUGAGCACGGCGCAGACAUAACAUCCCGUACGAAUGGAGGCGUGAGCGCACUCUCAUUCAUUGUUCGUCGUACUCCAGAAGUCAUCCCGAAGUACAUAUCAAAGCUCGAUAGCUCAAUUAAGGUGAAUGAGCAUGAAAUUGGUGAUGUUGAUUGUGAGAUAAAGCUGGAUUUUAGACUCCUUGUGCCCAACAAUGAGCGCGGAGAGACGGAACUCCUGUUGGCAUUCAUUGAAGUUGGGCAGAAGCGUAUCCUCAAGCAUCCUCUCUGUGAGACUUUUCUCUUCCUCAAAUGGCGACGUAUUCGAAAGUUUUUCCUCUUCAGUUUAUUUUUUCAUUCAAUCUUCGUCCUCCUCUUUACCCUCUACGUUCUGGGGGUUUAUACGAAGAACUGCCCUGUGGAUACUGCUGCAACCGUCAGUAGCAGCAAUAUUAACUGCAAUAUUCCCUCGUAUGCUGUACCCAUUGGAUAUUUGGUGCUCAUCCUCAAUUGUCUUCUCUUGGCAAAGGAACUCUUUCAAAUGGCCCACGGAUUUAGCUCCUACGUCAAGUACUGGGAGAAUUGGUUGCAAUGGACCAUAAUUCUAGGAGCCUUUCUCUGUGCUACACCUCAAGCUCUGCUCUCUGAGGAUCUUCGACUUGUACCCAAAUGGCAACAUCACAUGGCAGCUGUUGCAAUAUUUCUUGUGUGGGUGGAACUGAUGAUGCUUGUGGGAAGAUUCCCAAUUUUUGGCCUCUACGUGCAAAUGUUCACAAAAGUUGCUGUAAACUUUUCCAAGUUCCUCUUAGCAUAUUGUUGCCUUCUCAUUGCAUUUAGCCUAAGUUUUGAUGUUCUCUUCGUUGGUUAUCCUGCCUUUAACACAGUUCCAUGGGCUUUCCUGAAAACUAUAACAAUGAUGGCGGGAGAGCUGGAAUUUGAGGAUAUCUUCUACAGAGACGAACCACUGAAUUACCCUGUGACAUCCCAUGCAAUGUUCCUUGCAUUUGUCCUCCUUGUCACGGUGAUCCUUACGAAUCUCCUGGUAGGUCUCGCUGUAAGUGAUAUUCAGGGAUUGCAAGCUUCUGCCGGGUUGGAUCGUCUCUCACGACAAGCUGAACUUGUUUCACGUCUCGAAAGUCUCUUCUUCUCCAAGCUACUCAUUAAACUCCCACCAAGGAUCCUUGCAAUAUGCCAACGAAGUGCCCUCCUCCGGACAUCACGGUGGCACCUGCAGUUUUGCAUUAAACCAAAUGAUCCUAGAGAGAAAAGACUUCCCAAAGAUCUUAUGCUUUCAAUAUAUAAAUUAGUAGCUGAAAGACGUGAUAGGAAUCAGAGUAUUAAGCGGAAGAGAAACUACCAAAACUACAACAUGUUCAAAGAGUCAAUUGCGGAUAAACUCAAUCACGUACAAUUGAGGAAGAAUACAACGCAAAAUUCCACAAAUCCUCGCCCAAAAACCAUCUCGGAUAAUUCGAGGAUAUUUUGUCGAAAUCCCCGAUCAACACCACCCCCGAUUGCCCUGCAGGUUGACCCAGAUGACGACAGGAGGAAUCAUUCAACGAACUUGGGGGAGAAAUUGGAUAAGAUGGAAGAGGAAAUCUUGAGGCGUUUUGAUGAGAUAAAUCGAGAAAUUGUUGCGAUUAAAAUGCGAAUGGGGACUUGUAUUAAAGACCUCGUCAUUUGCGAUGCAGCAUCCAAAGAAGCCCCUUCUCUGGCCAAAUGGACAAAGGAGAACAAAUCCAGUGAAUUCAUCUCCAAGUAUAGUUCAUCGCAGUCUCGGAGUUUCUUCAGAGAUGCAUCAAGUAUAAAGGAGUUGCUAUUUUUAGAGAAGCCUUCACGAUCUGCUGCAGAAGGUAAUUCAUCAACAGACUCAUCAUCAUUCUACGGAGAAAAAUCGGAGAUUGUUGAUCUUGAUUUAAGGCAGGAGUAUGAGAAAACCAUUGAAUUGCAUUUGGUGGAGGAUGAAGCAUCAAAUGCAACGACUGAGGAGCCACAGAAGGUUGUGGGUGGGCAGGAGGGGGACAGUGUCCACGUAGAUGGAACACAGGGGGUGCUCAAUGAAACCCCCGGAAGGGAUGGGGUUCUUGUGAAGGUAGACUUGAAACCGGCUCUUGGAAUACCCUCAACGCAGCCCUUUGAGCUGCCGGAAAUUCCCCUUGAGGAGAAUAUAAUUCCCGUCUUCUCGGAGUGGACGCAAAAGCAAAUGGAGGAGGCGGAAAAGAAGCUGGAGAAGGAGGCAACGAAUUCAUCGGCAACGAAGAAAAAUGCCACAGAUCAGAGCUCUGCGCUCAAAGUGAAAGUACGUGCCAAAAAUUAUGCAUCACCCGAUUGUGGUGCAAAAAUCAUCAUUGCCAAUCCGGAGGCUGAGAGUUCCAGUUCCGUCCUCUCGGCGUCCAAGGAUGAGUAUCUACUGAGUCCGUGUACGAGUAAAAUAUGGUUUGUUGUGGAACUCUGCGAGGCAAUACGUGCGGAGAACGUUGAACUGGCAAAUUUUGAACUUUACUCAUCCUCACCGAGAGAUUUUAGCGUUUCCGUGAGUAAUCGCUUCCCGACGCGGGAAUGGCUCAAUGUGGGUCAAUUUACGGCCAAAGAUGAGCGAAAUGUGCAAAAGUACAACCUCCAUCCGCUUGUUUUUGGCAAAUUCAUACGCGUGGAGAUUAAUUCGCACUACAGCAAGGAACACUUUUGCCCCAUUUCGCUUUUUCGUGUCUACGGAACGUCGGAAUUUGAGGCAUUUGAAACGGCGGAAAAUCACCCAGAGAUCAGUGAGGGGGUCUUCGAUGAUGAGGGUGAUCUCGAGACACCCGACAGCCCCAAGAAUAAUGCCAAAAACAACAUUUUCAAAUCAGCCAGUGAUGCUGUGUUGUCGAUCGUCAAGAAGGCAGCGGAAGUUCUAAGCAAGGGUGAUUCCUCAGCAGCCACCAAUGCCACAGCACAAACCCAAAUGCACCUCACACCCCCCCACGGUUGCUUCACAUUUGCCUACGUGAUAAACUGUGCAAAUUGCUCCAGGGAAUUGGUGGCUGAUGUGACAACCAUGCUGAAUUGCAAGCACACCUUCUUGCUCGAGCUACUUCAGCGUCCGCGAGUUCGAGAAAUUGUCUACGGGUCAAGUGAAUGUCAGCAUCUUAUUGAUGUUGACCUCCAAGAGGGUGGUGGGGAAGUAAAUCCAAAGAGAAUCAACUACUUUUCCCACCUUCUUCCGCGGAAAUACUUAAUAGCACUGUGCAAUUUAGCAGCUGCCGUUGAGAAUCACAUUGGAUUGAAUCCCAAUCUGAAGAUUUGGAAUGAUUCAGUGACGAGUUCCAUUCCUGAGACGGAAAAGGGGCUAAUUGGUUCGGAGAAAUUCGAUCAGAAUGGUGAUAAAAUUAAGAUGAUUCCCCUGGAAGAGAGUACAAUCCUCCCAAAUGGGAAUUCAUCAAAAGAUGAAUUAAAGCCCGAAGUGGAAGAGAAACUGCCUAAAAGUGAUCAAAAACACAAAUCAGACAGCAAUGGCAAGAAGCAAUCCACACACCAGAGAAAAGAGAGUAAAAAACCGAAGAAAGAAUCUCCACAAGUAGGAGGUGAUGGAAGUAAGGUCACAGCUCAUGAGAAUGUUCCUUCAAAUGGUGUUCAUCCCUCUCCUGAGGAAGUUCCUCCAGAAAUUGCCAAUGGUGGUGGCAAUAAUCUAGUCCAAAGUGAGCAAAUUGAUGAGGUGGUGUCACAAGUUAAUGAAAAUAGCACAGAUAGUGGGAUGGAUGAGCACGAACAAGUAGAUUCUAAGGCCAUUCCCCCGCAUGGAAUGCAACCGCAAGAGAAUGGUAAGGAUACCCCAACAAAUGGAGGUGAUACAGCGUCGCAGAACAACGAUGCAGGGAACAAUCUCCCAACGCAAUCAUCAGCUCACAGUGAAAGUGUCUUCCUUCGACUAUCAAAUCGUAUCAAGGCUCUUGAACGCAACAUGUCCCUGUCUGGGCAGUAUCUGGAGGAGCUCUCGAAGAGGUACAAGAAGCAAGUUGAGGAACUUCAGUCGUCCUUUGCAAAGGCUUUGGUGUCAAUUGAGGAGCAAAGUCGACGAUUUGAUGAGAAAAAGGAAUUUAUGUUGACGCAACAUGAAUCUCUGCGUGUGCAGUGUGAGGAUAUUAUGGAUAAAAUUUGCAAAUUCUGCUUUGUUUUCGGCGUCAGCUUUACAUGCCUGCAGAUUCUCAUCAUUUAUCUCUACUCGAGAGCUUAUCAGCGCAUAAGUCGUCGCUGUAAGAUGCUCAUGGAUUGCAUAAAACGCUCUCAGGGCAUUGUUGAGGAAGGUCAGGAGGCUAAGGAGGCAAAAGAGCUCAGCAGUAGUGCAACAAAAGCAGCAUCUGAUGGAAAUGCAAAAAGUUCCCGAAGAUGCGUGGAGGAGAUCACGGAGGAGGAUGAGAGUGUUCAUGAGGAAGGGACAACUAGUGGUGGGGAUGCUGAGGAGGUUAGUGGCUCAAAUGCAAGUGAACUGAGUGAGAAGCAGAGUCAGGACGAUGUCCCAGUUGAGGAUUUAACAAGUAGUGAAUUAGAAUUGAGUAUUGAGUGCAAAAAAUUGCCCAAAAGCCAAACAAAUCACAUUGAAUCUCCAUCAGCGGGAAGUGAAAAGAGCCGAAGUAUUAGCUUUCCGCUGAGGGAGACAAUUGCACGACGUCUCUCCUCACCAGUUCUCUUCAAGACAUCCCGGAAUAGGAGUCAACAUUCCAAUUCUGCGGAAAAGCCCCCCAAAGAAAUUAAACAAAAUUCCACGAGCAACAAUCACAAAGUUAAGCAGAAAGCCCAAAAUUCCCGAACAGCCGAACUGAAUGCCAGAGCGGAUGGGCAGGAUGGAACAAAUAGUCAUCCAAGUCAAGGGGAGGAGCCAUUGAUAAAGAAAACAGGAAGUUUCCGGCGGAUACUGAAGAAAGUAUUUUAAAGGGGAAAAAGACGUUUUCUGUUUUCAAAGAAAUUCAUCCAAAUUGUUGAAAAUGAUUUUUUUAGGCCAUUGUUUUUAGGUGUUAAAUUUUUUCUUUCGUCUAAUUGCUCUCGUGGACUUUUCCACGCAUUAGUUAGUUCCCAUUGAAAUUGUACAGUGAAACUCCUUAUUUUUGCUCUUCGCAUUCAUCUUCUCUCAUUUUUCUUUCUCCUCACACACGGAUAAUCUCACUGAAAUUCUUUCUUUUCUCAAGCGUGAGAAGGGAAAAGAAUGUGUUCAUUUUUUUUGUGACUGAGACAUUAAAAGCAAAAUUAUUAGAAAACAAAAAUUAAGGAAUAAUUUAUUAAAACACGUGGCGUAAAUUUAUGUUAAAAAAACGCUUUAGUGAAAACAAUGUUAUUACUUUAAGUUUAUUUAAUCUAGUCUUAUAGUUAUUUGUAUAAUAUAAAAAUAUAUUUGUAAAAGAAAAGUGAUGAGCACUUAUUUCAUAAAAUGCCAAUAAAAUGUGAGAAUUGAA